AACCGGCGGUCAGCCUGCGGGGUUAAGUCAGUGCGCAGGUCUUUCAUGUUCCACGUUCUCUUCUCCAGCGCUCUACAUCUUUGUGGGGUUCUUGCCUGUCUGCUUCUCGGGCAUUUGGCUCCUGUCCCGGAAAGCCUGCUGCACGAUGCCCCAGCUCGGACUCCUGCCCAGGAGGGCCUGGGCUACACUGCUCAGCCAGCUCCUGCGACCUCCCCGCGCUGUGUGCAUCCGGGAGGCAGGUUGUCAUGGCCAGGUAGCAGAGGCAGUGUUAACAGCCCAACUGAAAUCAGAUCAAGAGAAACCAAAUUUUAUUGUCAAGAUCCCAAAGGGUACCAGGGAUCAUAGUCCUCAGCAGAUAGUCGUGAGAGAAAAAAUUCUUGAUAUGGUUGUUAGCUGCUUUAAACGUCAUGGAGCAAAAGGGUUGGACACUCCAGCAUUUGAACUGAAGGAAAUGCUCACUGAGAAGUGUGGAGAGAACUUUGGGCUCAUCUAUGACCUGAAGGAUCAAGGUGGAGAGCUGUUGUCCCUUCGCUAUGACCUUACUGUCCCUUUUGCUCGUUAUUUGGCCAUGAAUAAAUUGAAGAAGAUGAAACGUUACCAAGUUGGAAAGGUGUGGCGGCGGGAGAGCCCUACCAUAGCCCAAGGCCGCUACAGGGAAUUCUGCCAGUGUGAUUUCGACAUUGCUGGUCAGUUUGAUCCUAUGAUCCCGGAUGCAGAGUGUUUGAAGAUCAUAUGUGAGAUCUUAAGUGGAUUGCAGCUGGGGGAUUUUCUCAUUAAGGUUAAUGACCGGCGGAUUAUAGAUGGGAUUUUUGCUGUCUGCGGUGUUCCUGAAAGCAAAUUCCGUGCCAUCUGUGCCUCGAUGGACAAACUAGACAAGAUGUCUUGGAAAGAUGUGAGACAUGAGAUGGUGGCAAAGAAAGGUCUGGCUCCGGAGGUGGCUGAUCAAAUUGGGGACUAUGUCAAAUGUCACGGUGGAAUAUCCCUGGUAGAACAAAUGUUCCAGGAUCCCAGAUUAUCCCAGAACAAGCAGGCCUUGGAGGGCCUGACUGACCUGAAACUGCUCUUUGAAUACCUGACUUUAUUUGGAAUCUCUGAGAAGAUCUCCUUUGACCUAAGCCUGGCUCGGGGACUGGAUUACUACACAGGAGUGAUCUAUGAAGCAGUGCUGUUACAGACUGCAGCUAAGGCCGGGGAGGAAUCUCUGAAUGUGGGCAGUGUGGCUGCUGGUGGACGCUAUGAUGAGCUGGUGGCCAUGUUUGACCCCAAGGGCCACAAGGUGCCGUGUGUGGGGUUGAGCAUUGGAGUAGAGCGAAUUUUCUACAUUAUGGAACAGAAGAUGAAGGCUUCUGGUGAGAAGGUACGAACCACAGAAACCCAAGUGUUUGUGGCCACACCCCAGAAGAACUUUCUUCAAGAACGGUUGAAGCUAAUUGCAGAGCUUUGGGAUUCUGGCAUCAAGGCAGAGAUGCUGUACAAGAACAACCCUAAACUAUUAACCCAACUGCACUAUUGUGAGAACAUGGGCAUUCCGCUGGUGGUCAUUAUUGGUGAGCAAGAACAGAAAGAAGGUGUCAUCAAACUCCGUUCAGUGCCCAGUAGAGAAGAGGUGGCCAUCAAACGGGAAAAUCUUGUGGCUGAAAUUCAGAAGCGACUGUCUGAGUCUUGAUCCUUGCCUGAUUGCCAUCUGCUGCUCUUUGUAGAAAAGUUUUCAUCUAGGACUGAGUUCCUGGUUGACUUCACAAGUUAGCCAACAUGGGUGACAAGUGCCUUCUGCCUCCUCUUCCCGUUCAUGGAUAAGGAACUACAGAAGGCUCUAAGAAGUUACAGGCUUGUGUAAGCAGCAACUGUGCAUGGGUACAGGUGGCUUGUAUGAGAAAAGACACACUAGCUGCAGAAGCAAAUUUAAAAUGCCUCUGAAUGCUGUCAAGAGGAGCUGAGAUGGUUGCUGUGGGCAAGACCCUGGAAGAAUUGCCUUGUGCCAAGGAUUCUAUACCGUUGAGACCAGCAAUCAGAUACUUAGCAUUUCACUGUAGCUUUGGAACCAGCUUCUGGAGAAUUUGUCUACAUCCAGCCCUUGACCUGGCCAGGAGUUUUGGAAAGAGCAAGGAUGAAUAAUGGCUGUUUUCUGCUUUGUUUGAGGACAGAGAUGCUAUCCUAGGGGCAUGGCAGUAUCCAUACUGAUUGUAUCCACUGCUAAUACUAGCAGGGUGGGGCUGUAUAAUAAUCUUGAAAACUGAACUUCAUAGAUGACAAGAUGAAGAUCUGAUCUUUUGAGAUUUUGGAACCCAUUUUCUGUGCCAAAAUCACGGCUGUGAUUAUUAUCCUGCCAUGAAGGCUGUUAUAGAAGUGGUUAGAUAAUAUGUUAAAUAAAAUGUUAAGGGUAGUAGUUUGGGCAAUUUGUUACCAAGGGAUUCAUUUGCAUAGGUCAUAGAAAAAAAUGCUUGAAUGUACACUGGAGAAUUCUAAGCCAGGAGUAAGCUCCCUGGGGAAAUGCUUCUGUAUUCACUGAAAGGAACAAUCAGUUUCCCUUCUCUCUCUCCCCCUAACUUGU